ACACACGCAUUGCAUUAAUCUGUCUCUCUCAUCCUCUCUUCUCCUCUGCUGUACGCCUCUCCUCAUUCAUCGAUUCGUCCAGAAAAAGCAAAGCCUAAAUAUUCGGGUCGAAUCGCGGAAGAUCCGUUUCCAGAGUUCGGUGAAUCCGUCUGAGACGUCGACUUGCGGAGCUGGUCUCGGGUUCGGAGUCUAGGGUUUUUCAGCUUCGAGAAUGGCUCAGGCUAGUAGGGUUAGGGUCGUCGGGGAGUACCUGGUGGGCCGGCAAAUCGGGUCUGGGUCCUUCUCCGUGGUUUGGCACGCGAGGCACCGAGUACAUGGAACCGAGGUGGCGAUCAAGGAGAUAGCUACGGGCCGGCUCAACAAGAAAUUACAAGAGAGUCUCAUGUCCGAGAUUUUCAUCCUCAAGCGGAUUAACCACCCUAAUAUUAUUCGCCUCCACGAUAUUAUUGAGGUUCCUGGGAAGAUACACCUUGUACUUGAGUACUGCAGAGGGGGUGACCUUUCCAUUUACAUACAACGCCAGGGAAGAGUCCCAGAAGCCACUGCAAAGCAAUUCAUGCUGCAACUAGUGGCUGGUCUACAAAUUCUACGUGAAAAUAGUCUUAUACAUCGGGAUUUAAAGCCACAGAAUCUCCUCCUCUCCACUAGUGACAACAAUUCAGUUUUGAAGAUUGCAGAUUUUGGAUUUGCAAGAUCUUUGCAACCUAGAGGCCUUGCAGAAACAUUGUGUGGUUCUCCACUUUACAUGGCACCAGAGAUAAUGCAACUUCAAAAGUAUGAUGCAAAGGCAGAUCUCUGGAGUGUUGGUGCGAUCUUAUUUCAACUUGUUACUGGAAAAACUCCAUUUACUGGAAACAAUCAAAUACAGUUGCUCCAGAACAUUAUGAAAUCAAAUGAAUUACAAUUCCCUCCAGAUAUAGAUUUGAGUUCUGACUGCAAAGAUUUGUGCCAGAAAUUGCUGCGCCGUAAUCCAGUUGAAAGAUUAACAUUUGAAGAGUUUUUUAACCACCCAUAUCUUUCUCAGAAACAACCAGCUGCAUCACUGGGGAGUAGGAGGUCUUCAAGAGUAGUGGACGAAUUUCCUGUGUCUGACUGUGAUCCUGUGAGAAAUAGGGAGGAAAAUAGUCAAGAGGAUUGUCUGCCUUUCUUUCUAGAUGAUGAUUCUGGUGGUCCUGAAGGGAGCCCAUCCUUCUUAAGGAGGAGGUCUUCACCGAAGUCUACUCAUGGAUUUUCUCUUGGUACAACAUUUGGUAGAAGGGAAGUAGCAUCUCCCCCUAAAAAUGUGAAUCUGACUUCCGGAUAUGGUAGUGCCACAGAUAAUUUGGAAAGCCGUAGACCCUCAAACAGAAUAACCAAUCCUCUGCCCUUCUUUCUAGAUGAUGAUUCUAGUGGUCCUGAAGGGAGCCCAUCCUUCUUAAGGACAAGGUCUUCAGUGAAGUCUACUUACGGAUUUUCUCUUGAUACAAAAGGUGGUAGAAGGGAAGCAGCAUCUGCCAAUUCUAAUAAUGUGAAUCUGGCUUCCGGAUUUGGUAGUGUGACAGAUAAUUUGGAAUCUACUAGUUCUAGGUUGGAUAGCCGUAGACCCUUGAACAGAAUAACUGAUCCUCUGACAUCCACAGACCUAAGAUCUCCGAACACUCAAUCAAAAGCAGUCGUGGAUUCGCUAGAGUUAAGUGAUCAAGAUUAUGUUAUUGUAUCUGGAUCUCCAAUGGAUGUGUCAUCUUCCUCAGCUUGUGCUUCCAAGCCAGGCCAUUCUAUAUACAGGUCAGGGAGUUCUCCCCAAGCAUCUGUUAGAACGAACACCAUGGUAAGUGCCCCAAUGCCAAUCAUUGGCGCAGAGACUAGUGACAUUGGUCAAAUUGGAAGCUUGGAAAGUCAGAGCUCUGCUCCAGGGAUCUCACAAGGAUCAAUGGAAAUAGGAGAUGCUUUAGGGCAGCCAUCAACUCACUGCACAACAAGGAUUAAGUCAUUACAGCAUUGUGCAUCUGCCAUUAAAGAAUUAUUGAAUGAAAAGAUUGAGGCAGAUAGGCAUUUAGAGGCAUUCUCCAUUCAGCUUGUAAUUCUUGCAAUUUGGAAGCAAGCCUUGCAUAUAUGCCAUACACAAGCUGCCUCAGCUAUGGAAGGAAGUCCAAGUCAAGAAACUCCGAGAUAUAGGAGCACCAGUAAGAAGUAUGGUAGUCCUGAUACAGAAGUACGUCUUGAUGUUUGCAGCACUCAAUUGCUGGAGGAUAUCUCCUCUCAGAUUGAGAGAGACUUUCUCCUGGAAGUUGAACAUGCUGAAGGACUUGCUAAGGUCAUUGAACCUGGUAAUACAGAGAUGCCAGAUGCAAUGGAAACAAUAUUUGAAUCUGCUCUCGCUUUUGGGAGGAGUGGAGGCGUUGAAGAGCUCAUGGGCAAUAUGGAAAAUGCAGCAGGAUUGUACUCAAAAGCUGUGCGUUUGUUAGUCUUUCUUCUAGUGGAAGCACCGUCCCUCAUUCUCAAUCCUCCAUUCUCCCUCACAAACUCAGACCGGUAUAGGCUCCAAACUUAUAUUGAUAUCAUUAAUAACAGGCAUGGUUACUCAAGGUCCCAGCGAAUGGCUCUCCUCAAGUGCGACGAUCAACACUGCCCCCCUUAGAAACAAGGCAAGAUUUUAAGUACCAUUUCUUGACGAUUCUCACGUUGUUAUACGCUGUAAAAUUAUUUGUUUGUACUUUGUACAGUUAUUCUUUGUGUGACGGGGGAAUUGGGAGGUUGACAGGAGUGGUUGACCUGUAUUAGUGUAGGCUGUUGUAAUAUUUACAUUUUUGCUAUUUAAAAAAAGAAAAAAAAAAUUUAUAAAAUAUGCAUUCCUUUAAAAUU